AUGAUAAAUUCCGUGUUCUUGAACGACGUAGAUAAGGCUUCAGACGACUUGGAGUCGUCUGACGGCCAGCACUGCGAGAUGCCAUGGAUCGAGUGGUACUGCAGCUUGAAGGGUAACCAGUUUUACGUGCAGGUGGACGCUGAUUACAUCCGGGAUGAGUUCAAUCUCGUAGGUCUGCAGCAGCAGGUUUCGUACUACAACCACGCCAUUCGCGUGAUCCUGGACAACUACGACGAUUACGAUUACGAAUGCUACGAGGAUAACGACGAUGACACUUUCGGCCCGCGUUCCGAGCGCGCGAAGCAGCAGAUCAUCAACACGUCAUCUCAGUUGCUCUACGGCCUGAUCCACAGCCGUUUCAUACUGACAUCGAAGGGCAUGUCUUUGAUGCUUCAGAAGUUCAAAGAGAAGGUCUUCGGGACGUGUCCGAAUUUCAGCUGCGAGAACGCAGCCGUCUUGCCCAUCGGCAUCGUGGACGCUCCCGCGUAUCACAACGCGAAGAUAUUUUGCCCUCGUUGCAAUGUAAGUUUCGAAGUGUACCACCCCCCUAAGAGCAGUCGUCUCUCUGUCAUCGACGGGGCGUACUUCGGGACCACCUUCGCACAUUUCUUUUUGAUGGUCCACGACCCUAUUGUGCCUCGCGGGCCUACCUACUACUAUGUGCCCCAGAUUUACGGGUUCAAGGUCAGCACUUCUAUAAAGGACCAGAAAGACUGCACCAGGUCUAAUAGGUCUUAG